AUGGGUCAGGUUGAACUUCAUCUCCUUCUUCUGCAUUUCUUCUACAACUCUUCCUUCGUCUUAACCACUUUGUUUCAAUGGCAGAAGCAGACCAAGAACUGCGACUGUGUCAACAACAAGGACAAAGAGGAACCGCCCUCCCCCACCAUCGUCUUCAAGGUCCACAUGCAAUGCCACGGUUGCGCUUCCAAAGUCCUCAAAUGCCUUCGCGGCGUUCAGAGAUGGAAAACGGAGAUUGACACAGGGAAAUUCACCGUCACCGGUAACGUUGACAGAGACAACAAGCUCGCUGAUAAGCCCAACAACAAUGUCCAACUCACCUCUCCCCAUUCCAACAAGGACAAAAAACCUAAAGACAAACAGACUCCGGAGAAGACCGUGGUGUUGAAGGUGUCGCGGUAUUGUCGAUGCCGAGGUUGCUUCAACAGGCUUCGCAAAGCGGUGUUGAAGGUCGAAGGGGUUGGCGAUGACGUGGCUAUAAAUAGUAACGAUGAAUGGUGGAUGGUGACGGCGAAGUGCACAGUGGACGUGAAUGUUGUGGCGGGAACGUUGUCCAAGAAGCUCAAGAGGGUUGUUGAGGUUGUCCCUCCAAAGAAGGAGAAGGAGAAGGAGAAGGAGAAGGAGAAGAAGGAAAAGGAAAAGGAAGGAGAGAAAGAGGGUGACAAAGGAGGGAAUAGUGCCACCGCCAAGAAGAAGAAAAAGGCUGGAGGCGAAGACAACGGUGGUGGUGGUGGUGCUGCUGCUGCUGAUGGCAAGGGUAAAAAGGAUCAGGAGGAGAAUUUAAUGUAUUAUGAGCUACCUACACGUGAUUAUGCUAAUGGUGGUUAUGGCCAUGGUAACUACAUAGACCAAUAUAAUCAUGUAGCGCAAAUGUUCAAUGAGGAAAAUCCCUAUGCUUGUCACAUUAUGUGAGGCUUUUGGUUUGUGAUAAAGGAUUUGAUUCUGCCUC